AUGUCAACCACAUUAGAAUCAAUACCACCAUUCAAAUACCCACGAGCUUACACCUUCCCCGCCUUCUUUUCUCUCCAACCAAACAGCACCACACGACAAAACCAGAUGAAUCAAUGGUCUGACCUGAUCCAGUCUUGGUGCCGUCACCACCGCAUGUUCAAGCUUUCGCUGGCUGAGGCUGUCGCAUCACCUCUAUUCUAUAAUUCUAAGCUUCACAAACAGCUCAACCUGGCUGAUGCAAGAACCGUGCUGGAUUGGAUGGCCAAAGGUAGCGAAGAAGGCGGGGGAGGGAAACGGGCUGAAUGGAUCGACGGUGCAAAUAAAUCCACCGCAUGGAUAUGGUGGAAGAGGCCGGAAGAAUGGGCGGGAAUUAUGGUGGAUUGGGUCGAAAGUACAGGUCAGAAGAAUAUCGUUCUUACAGUUUACGAGUUACUGGAAGGAGAGGCGACAACUUCACAAGAAUGGCAUGGCAUGGACGUCGACGUGAUGCUCAGAUCUCUGAAUGUCCUCGUUAAACAAGGCAAGGCACAAGUUUUCGGCAGUGAGGGUCAAGAAGGAGUCAAAUUCUUCUAG